AGACAUGCGACCACGAGGAGACCGUUUUGUUUUAGUAUGUCCUGGUGAUAGCGAUUAACGCGGUUGUGCGUUUUAUUUGUGGUUAGUUCCUUGAUUUUUAUAUAUUUUUGGAGGUUUACUUGGAUAUGACAUAUGCUAACUGUUUGUGAUACAUAACCAAAUACACCAUCCACGAUUUAAAAAAAAAACGAGAGCACUUGAUCCAAACAUGUACAAAUUUGUAGUAUUUUCUGUAAUUAUAACAUGCGUUACCGGAAUCCACGAUAGCUGGCAGUCUUAUCAACAAGAUAUCUAUCAAUCACCUUCAGAUGUGUAUGGGGAAGGUUACCAGCAUGGCGUCGUACCAGGAAGCGACCAGUGCCAAAUAUAUAAAGUUGGAUUUACGCAGGACCUUUACUUCCAAUAUAUCCAGUAUAAAACGGUUAUACCAGAUAUGAAACAGUUCACAUUAUGUUUCUGGUCUAAAUUUUAUAAUCACAGUAAUGACCAUCCACUUUUCUCGUAUGCAGUUGACGGUCAACCGAGAGCAAUUUAUUCAUGGAUAUCAAACACGGAAAGAUCCAGUUAUUUCAGCCUUUCUGUCGAAGGACAUACUUUCUAUAGACUUAAUUAUCCACUUCGCUUGAACCGAUGGUAUCACACAUGCCAAAGUUGGAACGGAAAAACCGGAGAAUGGCAAAUAUGGGUCAACGCAGAAAGAGUGGGACGAGGCUUUCACAAUAGAUUGGUUGGUCAUGUUAUACCAGGAAAUGGAAUAGCAAUAACAGGACAAGAGCAGAGUCAAUUGGGAGGAGGUUUCCAGGAAGGUGCCCAAGCUCCAAAAGGUUCAGGUGGAAUGCUUGGUGAAAUUACUAUGGUCCAGCUGUACAAAGUGGCCCUCACUGCAGGAAAAGCUCAUAAAGAUCACAAACAUCAUCACGCUCAUCAAUUUGAUCACAACGGAAGAGUAAUCACCACACCAGCCCCAACAACCCCAGCAAAUCGAGUCACUUUACCACCUCACCCUCUCCUCACUGCAGGGCAACUGAAUAGAAAUGUUAGAUUGAAUUUGGGUUCUACCCCUCAAAAAGUUGCAGGUCAACAAUAUGAAGCUCAAUUCUCGAACGGACAAUUCGUAGGAAAUUUAGUUACCCAGCAAUUAUUACAGCAGCAGCCUCAACAACAACAACCGCAAACACAGUUGUUUUUACCGGUACAACCUCAAACUCAAGCUGGUAACGUUGGAUCAUUUUCAAGGCAGUUCGUGAGUUUUGGUAGUACUCCAAUAGUAGAUACCGAUUUGAACCAUGCUUUGGGAACAAACACAGCUCCAUCAUUCGACGCUGUUCUGGAAACUCAUAAUGUUUUCAAACGACAAGAAGAGAAUGAGAAGGCUACGCCAAAGAAAAGACAAGCUAUUUAUGAUGAAGCACUGUUAGGAACAAGUGGCACUUACAGUUUCGAUCAAAGUCUUUUAUACGGACUUGCCGGUAUUGGUCAAAAUGAACAGAUUUCGGUAAAACAGAAAGAGGAGGAAGACGAAAGAGAGCCGGCUGAAGCUGAAGUCAAAGCUGUUCUUAACAUAUGCACCGGGUGCGACGAAGAACCUUUCAAUAAAGCUCUGAUUUUCGGGUGGAGAACUGUACCGAAAAAGUUGUACUCUGGUGCUUUCUAUACACCUGCCGUAGCUGAAUGUAAAGUAUUCUAAUGAAAUGUUAUUCUUAAAGUUUUAUACACAAACGCGGCCAUCCCAAUGAUAUAAAAUGUAUUUAGUAUUAGAUAUUAAUUUAUAAAUUUGUUACAUUUUUUAUCGAAGUUUAUUAAAAUUAAAAAGCUACAAA